UAAAAUUACCAACCUCGCGUCCGGCCAAAAGAAGUGCUCCUGCCGUCGAGGCAUCCGAACCGUUAAAAUUACCAACCUCGCGUCCGGCCAAAAGCAGUGCUCCUGCCACGCGAGCCAAGGGGGGAAAGAAACCGAAAAUGGACGCCGAAACCGGAUUGGAAUGCUUCGACAAGAACCAGUCCGGAAACUGUCCGUUGUGGGCCGCUAGGGUAAGAGAUGAGACAAGCACGGUAUGAAACGGCAUGUCGCAUCGUCCGGUGUAGCGUUGUUUUGUAUUUGCAUACAUUGCUAAGCAACGGCCGUGCCAUCCUGAAUGGGUUUCGGCAUACAGGAACUCGCCUCUCACCAUUUCAUUUUGCGCAACCCACAUUGGACAAAUAACUAGGGGGAAUGCAAGACCAACAGGACCUAUAUGCACGAGAACUGCAGGCUAUCCUGUGACCGCUGCCAGUAAGUUAAGCGAUCGAUCGAUCAAUCACUAUUUUUAAAUGGGGAUGGAAAAUAAGAGAAACCCGCCACGAGAAGGAAAGACUCGUCGUCGGCGUAUUGCACUGUUAAAAAUUCUUUCCGUGCCGUCUUUUUCUCGCCUCGAUUCCAAAAUAGAAGACAUCUAAUCAUUUCAUUCUUUCUCCCAUCGUGUUGCACCACUUUAUGGCGAUUUGCGCUGUGCUUCAUUCCCACCACUGACUACGCAGUGUGGUGCGCAUGCAAAACCACCAGGACAUUAGCAAGUUCAUAGCCAGGAAGAAUCGAGAGAACGCCAAGGAAAUCGAACGCAAAAGAAAAGCCAGGGAGGCACGGCGGGUUCUGGAGAACCGGAACAAAAUCGGCAGCGGAAGAGACGAGUUGUGAGAGCAUUGUUUGCAACAACAUCAUUGGAGUUUCGUUGCUGGGUGCAAACCGUGCCAAAGAGAGCCAGUAGUCAGUUUCUAGAAACUGUCAAGUCUCGGAUUUUUUGUAAACAACAAAAACCAUCCGAACAAAGAGUUUCUGCGAGUCGUCGUUCUAGCCUGCUCGUUAGUCAAUUAGUCGUCGCGUCGUACAGCAUCGGUAUCAUGGUCCGGGAUGUGUUUGGUCCGACGAGACCGUGCUGAACGUGCAUUUUGAUUUAUCGUAUGCUUUUUGGACAGAGGGACGAGAUCAUCCCAAACCUAGAUACACAAAUAGAGAGAGAAAAUUAUU